CUGUUGAGAUUUUUUAGUUGGUAACAGAAAUUGUCCAGCAUGUAAUUGUUAUCCUACUGAAUUAGAAAUAUUGAGUGUCUUUUGGAUGCUUUUGUUCUUCUUUUCACUGGUGUCUUGAAGAAUGUCCCUGCUUUCACUGAUGGAUGAGGAUGAACCAGAGCGUUUUGAUGGGCUUUCUCUCUUGUACUGGACUAUUAUGGGACCUUAUGGAAUCAAUCGAGCUGUUCACCGCAUUACUUUUUCUGACUGUCAAAAUGGAUUAGGUGUUAAAAUUAUUGGAGGUUAUCGGGAGCAAACUGAAGAAGACUAUGGCAUUUUCAUAAAGAAAAUUUUGCCUGGAGGGAUGGCUGCAAUAGAUAGCCGAUUGCUCACUGGAGACCUAAUUUUAGAUGUCAACGGAGAAAACUUAGUUGGUGUAACCAGUGAAAGAGCUGUUGAUGUUUUGCGAAUGGCAUCAGCGACUAAUCACGUGUCUUUGCUGAUUACGAGAGAUGAAGAAGCAAAGAAAGAAUUUCUAGACCUGAUGGAUAAAUAUGGAUCAUGCAGUAACACAGGCUCUGCAAGAUGUUCACCAACACAACUGCUAGCUGGAAAACAUGUUGACAGCCUUUCUUCUGGAUCAUCCUCAAGGUCACAAAGUCCUCAGCUUCCGCGUCCAAAGGGUAUUGUCAUCAGCUACAAUGGAAAUAAUUCGGUUACCACAACAUCCCCGCAACUCACAAAUGAUAGUGCAUUUCAGAUUAUCACUGUUUCCAAGGGAACAGGCCUAGGCUUGAACAUUGUGGGAGGAAUUAACAGAAAUGAAGGUCCCUUGGUGUAUAUUCAAGAAGUUAUCCCUGGAGGUGACUGUCAUAAGGAUGGACGACUGAAGCCUGGAGACCAGCUUGUAUCCAUAAACAAGGAGUCAAUGAUUGGAGUCUCCUAUGAAGAAGCAAAAAGUAUAAUCAACAGAACAAAGCUGAGAUCUGAAUCUGCCUGGGAGAUCGCUUUUAUCAGACAAAGAGUUUUUCCCGGUUGCUUUGAAAAUCCUCAAAGUCCUGGCAGUCUCUUGGCAUCUUCUGCUGGAUGUGGACAGCAACAGACACUACUUGCGUUUAAUCUUCUUUCACCUCCUAAUGAGAAUCCAGGUUCAAAGGUGUCCACAUCCUACACUAUGAAAACUGGAUUCAAGAAGAGAGAACAAUCUCCAAUUCCUUCUGCAGACAGCAGCCCUGCUGAUGUGUCUGCGGCUGCUAUUGCUUCCAACUGGACUGAAGAUUAUGGACCUCAAGAAAGGAAGAUUUCUCUGAACCCCACUGUUCGUCUCAAAGCAGAGAAACUGGAGAUGGCACUAAAUUAUCUUGGGAUUCAGCCCACAAAUGAACAGCAGCAAGUCCUGAGGCACCAACUCCAGAAAGAUUCUAAAGGCACAGUAUCUUUUGGAGAUUUUGUUCAGGUUGCAAGAAAUCUAUUCUGUUUGCAGUUGGAUGAAGCAGGUCGUGGCCCAAGACCUAUAACAUUUGGGGCCAGUGAAAUUGCCAGUUUAUUAGAUUCACAGCUUGUAUCUUGUGAUUCUUUGGAAAUGGAUGAUGUGGAAAGACUUAAAAGAGAAAGAAAUGAAGCUUUAAAAGAAAUAAGUAAACUGAAGGAAGAAUUGUCUGAAUCUGUAGGUCUACGAAAACUGUUAACAGAGGAGCUACAAACUGUAAAACAAGAAGCCAAGGCAGCAGUGGAAGAGGCAAGAGCCCUGCGAAGUAGGAUUCAUCUCGCAGAAGCUGCACAGAGGCAGGCUCGUGGAAUGGAGAUGGAUUAUGAAGAAAUAAUCCGUCUAUUAGAGGCUGAAAUUACAGAGCUGAAGGCUCAGCUCACUGAUCAUUCUGGCCAAAAUAAAGAUAGUGUUCAAGAUUUAAGAAAGAGAAUUACUGUGCUUGACUGCCAGCUGCGGAAAUCAGAAUCGGCUAGGAAAACCUUUGAGGUGGCCACCGCAAAACUGCUGCAGUUUGUAGAGGUUGUACAUGAAGUACUAGCAGACAACUCCAUCCCCUUGUCAAAUUUAAGUGACCGAAGAGGCACAUUGUCUACCAAAACACUCCUGGCACGACUGGGGAGGAAUGGACGUACUGUCACAGCAACCCUUGCAGCAGAAGCCAAAGAACUUACUAAAUCUGUCCGUGCCAUUCUGGAAGUAGAUUGCUUACCUUAUGGAUGGGAAGAAGCUUACACAGCAGAUGGAAUCAAGUACUUUAUCAACCAUGUAACACAGACGACAUCAUGGAUCCAUCCAGUGACCAGUGCACUGAACUUGUCCUGCUCCGAGGAGAAUGAGGAAGACCGGACCAGAGAGCUUCCAGACCCCAAGAGCUGAGACUGGUGGAGAGUAGUUUCAGUCUCAUUUCAGCAUCUGGAUAAGAAGAUGUACACCUUCCAAUAGUCUAAUGUAAUAGCGCCAGAUAUUACGCCUAUUGAAGUCAAUAGGAGCUUUGCCACUGAUUUAGGUAGGAUCAUUUUCAAGGCUGAAGUUCACCUUGACAAAAUUUCCACUUAAACCCUUAAGGACUUAGGUGGUGCACAGGACCUGGAUAAGUCCUGUGCACAGGGGUCACUCUCACUCUCAUCCUUUAGGAUUUGAUCCUGACCUUUCACAACUUAUACACUGGUAUAACUUCAUUGGCUGGAAUGGAGUUAAUCCUGCUCCUAGUAUGAGAACAGAAUUGGGCCUAAUGGCUGUAAUUCUCACAGUGGCUUCAAGCUGCUUGUAGAGCCAUAACAUACAAGCUGAGCUUUUUUACCAGUGCUUGUAGUUGUAAUAGAGAUGCCUUUUCUGUAACUACUGAGUCAGUCUGUUUUUAUAGCAGAAACUUUCAAUGUAUUUUGCCAGCAAAAGUUUAAGACAAUUUGUUGUAAGUAUUGCAGCCCAGAUGACUUUUCUACAAAUAUUUUUAAGAUGAAUGAUUAGGCCUUAGGAAGACAAGGCCUUGAUGAGUUGUCAAGUAUAAAGACACAAUUUUGGUUGAGAAAGCCAUACUCUGUCAGCAUAAUCGUGCAAUGAAAAUGAUUUCACUUUUGUACUCUGCUAAACCUACAGCCACAUGCAACUAUUUCAGCAGACGCUGUGAAAUUUCAAAUACGAUGAAACCUAUGAAAGUACCUCUGGGAUCAGCAGAAUUCAGUCACCUCCUAGAAGUGGGUCUUUAAGUAGACACAAAACAAAUUCAUUCUGGAGAUCUUGAGGAUGUUUUAAAGGGGUUACUCAAAAUGAGGUGCUGCUGAGGCCCUACAAACAGGUUGCACUGUACAUCAGCAGCAUGAGAUAUUUUAAGAUAAUGUUACACUCAGCACAAGGGCUGACUUCUGCUUUGAGUGCCUGAUUCUACAAUAGGUCACUAUAAAGGCUCUCCUCUUUUUAUAUCUGUGACGAUGACAGGUAUUGACUAAUGAAUGAAAUAAGGAACACUAGAAGCACUGAUGAAUACGCCAAAGUAAAACAGUGGUUCAAACCUUUAGAACCAAGGAGUGAGGCUCUGUUUUAAAGGGUGAGGUGGGCACAGGCUACAGCCUGAAUUCCUUUGGGAAGCAUACAUAGGAGUGUCACACUCUGAAAAGAUACAACUUAGCUCCACUGGUCAAUUCAAAGCCAGGUCCCCAUCCCUCACACCCUCAAUGGGGAGUCUCUGACAAGUGGUGGAGCUGGAUUUUCAAAUCUUUGUACUAUUGAGCAAAAGGACCUGACUUGUUUACAGCUCCUACACCUACUAAAACUCUCCUUGCCACCUUCCCCUCACACCCGGUGCAGAGCCAGGCACAGGGUAGCUCUUAGGCCUUUAACGUUUAAUUUGCUUUACAGAGCAAAACUCCGAGUAAACCUCCUUUCUGAGUCACAGUGUGGCUCUUUAUCGUAUAUGCUUCAUGUACGACGGCGUCACACCCGGGAUAGCCCCUCCCAGGGAAUCUGUACUGCGGCGCAGAGAAGUUAGUUUUGCCCAGUCUCUCUCAGAAGCAGAUGUCAUUCCUAGUGCUGAGCAAUGUCAUACUCACUCGGGAGGCUGGUAGGAAACGUUGUUGUGUUCUUUUAAGGGCCAAUUACCUAUGCAUGUGGAGUCCGUGUCCCUUCAUGUAGCUGGUAGAGGGAGGAUGUUAUGGAGGGAGCUUGACCAGCAGAUCCACUGAACACUCAGUAUGACAGCAGUCUGGAAAGCUGCCAUGCUUCAGCCAUGAUCUGCUAUGGCCUCAGAGGGAGGAUUGUGCCCCCAUCCCUCAAACCACCACAUAGAACCACUGAGCAGAACCCAUUAGCAGGGGCUUUGUGUCGAGCUAUAAUGGGCCCUUUAAUCAUGCCGUUCUUCCCUAAAUGCCCUUUAAAAACAGGCACAGACUCCUGCUGCUUGCAGGACCUUGUACCAGGGGUUUUCUGCAGUUUCCUUAGUCCUAGGAGUCAUGUAAGUGCUUUGUUUAUUACAGAGCUAAGGUGGAUGGGGUAAUUUCUUUCCUUGGACCAACUUUUGCUCUCUUUCCGGUGCGUGAGAGUUACGCGGUGGUAUCUUGUUUGAGGCGGUCCCUUCUGGAGUAUGUGAUGUUUAUUCCAGGCACUUUCUGGCUCUAAUCAGGGAUUUCCUACGAAUUCUGUUUAGUUAGGGCAUAUAUAGACUGUGCCGCUCUGAUUUCUUUGUGAGAGAUUUGAAUCAGGUCGUGACUACGCUAUCCUUCCAGGGCUUGAUUCAGCCAUGGGUUAUGGUAACUCAAAGUACAGGUCGGUGGUCACAACUCCACUCUGCCAGUGGCUUCCCGGCCAGCCAGCCCAACCCUGAAAGUGGAUGGGGGUAAGGCUAGGACCAUGAACGAGGCAGGCUCCACCCAUUGGAUCCACUGCAGGAGGGCAGCUAUGUGAAUGCUACCUGCUCGCCCCAAGGAGUGAACACUGACCCUCUGCCCUGAGUAUGCAAUUCACUGCUUACUGCAGCAGCGAGGGAGAACCCAAGAUAAAAUGCUGGCAUUCUACCUGCUGUGCUUACUUGGAGAAUGUUUCUCUUUUAUUUUGACUUGAUAAUUAAAGACUUCUUAGAAACAGAUCAUUGCAUCCAUCUAGUUUCUUCUGUAUUCUAGUGUCUCAUCAGUCACAUAAGCUACCAUAGCUCAUAUUCUCCAGCACUGAGACUGUGUUUUGAAACCUGGGAUCUCCAAAUGUUCUCGUCUAUUUUUGUAUGUUGGCAUACUUGUUUCCUAGGGUGUUUUUUUUUUCCUCUCACUGAAGCAGUUUGCAAAAUAAUUUUGAUUACACUGAAUCCUGUAAAGUGGGAAAACGGCUCUGGAAUAAUGUAAUGAGACUUUGUAAAGAGCAGUUGUCAAAACACACAACUCUGUGAUGGCUGCUUUACAUUUUUACCACACAAUGAAAUGUACCGAGUGGAAGAGCAAUGGAAGUACAACUUUGUAUCCAUUAAGAGAACGAAACAAAGGCGUUGCCAGAAAACAGAUACUGGAGUACUUCAGUGGCUUCAUGUACAUCUAUUUUCUAUGUACGGUUGACACCAUUAUAAAUAGGCUUCUGCAACACUCCAGUAUUUACCUUUACAAUUGUACCUGUAGUACACUGCACCCUUCAAAUUGGAAAUGUUGCAAGUACUCAGGUGUUGCAGUGACUGGAAUAAACAGGCAAAUUAGACACAAAGGUCAAGAUGUACAAAGAUAUUCAGGCGCCUACAACUCUUACUGACUUCAGUGGGAGUUAGGCACCUAAAUAUUUCUGAGGCUCUGGGUCAAACUGCAGCUGCGAAAUGCCUUCCUUUUAAUUCAGCCCAAUGUAUCACUUUAAAAAAAAAAGGGUAGAUCACUCCCACACCAUACACACACAGAGAAACCACCCUGAGCAUCCCACUGUAAGUUUCAAUAAGUCACUACAGAUGAUUGUUUCACAUCCUCUGACAUACCACACAAAACCAUCAUUAGUUAGGGUGAACCCACCACCACAAGGCCUAUGCACCACUCAGGCCCUCCAGGGCCCAAUUCUGCAGGACUAAAGUCAGUGGGAAUUUUGCUAUAGAUUUCAGUGGGAGCCUUGAGGGUAGAAGUGGGAUCGAAGUGGUACAUAGCCCUUGUGCUGUCCUCUGCGCAGCACUGAAUUUCACUAUAACAUCUUACUUAAGUAAAGCCGCUCUCAAAGGAUGACCCUGCUCACACUUGGCUUUCGAAAGCCCUUUGUACUAUCGGAAUCUUAUGGAGUGACUGGCCACGCUGCCUUGUAUUUAAAAAAACUCCUAAAGUGAUGUAAAGCUCUGAUGCUCCUUUCACAAUAAAGAUCUCAGUGAUAUAAA